UGGAAGCCUUGACUGAGCAAAGCCUUUGGGUGCAAUCUGACAUUUCAGCAGGAUGGAUCUGGAAAGAUCUGAGAUGCUCCCAGGUCCUGGGCUGACUUGGUACACACUUCUUCCAGCUAAAGGUCCCAGCUAGCGAAGGAGUUUGCAUUUAUUGAGAGCCAGCAUCACUGGGGAGGGCAAUGAAAAGCUCAGAAGUAUCUUAAGAAAGGUAAAUGGCUCUACUGUGAGGACACUGAAGAUCUGCCUUCUCCCUGGGGUCUGAUUGACAUAAACCCAAUGCAAUACAUCAUUAUUGACACACAGGAGUUCCCCAGCAGCCAUUUCUGUUCUAGCAAGUUCAGCAAGCAAGUCUGAUCUGCACAGGAAAGACAAAGUUAGGGAAAGGGAAAAGGGAAGUUGAUCCACUUGAUCAGCUAGAAAGGUUAUGAAGAGAGAGGAAACUGGAGCUAGGGCUGGGGUUUAAAAUGGGCUCGUAAACGUGGUGCUCCAAGACAAAUGCCAGCCCAGGGCUGGCACAGGGAAAGUCAAAGUGCUGUGGUGAGAUCCUGGCUGGGAGCAAGGCUCCGGAUCCAGGUUUCACCCCUGAAGGAUGGUGUUCUCUGGUUUCAGUGGCUGUUUUCAGCUCUUUCCCAUCCCUCAGCUGGGAAGCAGAACUGUGGAGUCUUGUUUAUAUGGACUCCAAUAAGAAACUUUGAAGUUUCCUUCUUGUUUUACUUAUUCCACCUCCCUCAAAGCCAAACCAGGCAGGAAAACACAACACUAGAGCGUCACAAGUGUGAGUGAGAUGAAGCUUAUGGCUCCUUAGUCAUACAAAACCUCUCACCUAUCUGCUCUUUGACACCAUUAGUAUUUGUGCUGUGGUUUACAGCAAAUACAUUUCUGUAUAAAGCCUCUUCUCAUCUCAAGAGCAGUAAGCAGGCCCAGAAGGGUGGCUAGAAACUGUCCAAGGAACUCUGACAGCCCUUUAAUACUCUUUUUACUGUCUAGUUUCAGACUAAAAUAAAGCCAAAGUGGGAGUUUUGGGGUUAGCAAGUGCUAUGUGAGAAUUUCCAGGACAGGACAAAGCAAGCAAGGCUUGCUUCUGCGCAGGACGAAGGCAGAAGUAUUAUACAUUACAGAUGUGGCUCCUGGGGAAUCCUUGGGGAAAUGUGAGCACCCACAAAGGCACAGCCCCAUCUCUGCUGGCAUAGGGCUGCAAAAAGAGCCUGGAAAUAAAAGGGGAAACAAUGCAAUGGCUUGUGAUGAACAAAAUGUGCUUUUCUUUUCAUUUCAGUAAGAAAACGAAACGAGGUUCUGCUGCUCCUGUAAAUGAGAGAACAUGGUUUUCCUAAUGACUGGUCUGUGGCAACUGGUUAUUCCCAUGGUUGUGCUCUCACACUUCUCAGCAUCUCUUCCAUCCCGGCAAAGGACUGAGAGACAUGCUGAUGGGCUCUUCCACAGCGAGCUCAGCAAGAUGAAUGGCAAUGCCUUCGUGCGGCAGCUGGUCAAGCACCUGGUGGGCCUCAAGGAGAGGUCCCAGAGGCACUCAGAUGGACUGUUCACCAGUGAGUACAGCAAGAUGAGAGGAAAUGCUCAGGUCCAGAAAUUCAUCCAAAACCUGAUUGGCCGCAAGCGCAGCCACCCAGAGGAUGAUGCCAGGGAAGCUGCUGCAGUUACCAGCCAGUACAUUUGUCCCAUCCUUAUGCAUCUGGCUGCAGACAUGAAGGAAGACACAGAAAGUUUUGACUGAGGGUGAAGAAACAGCCAAGGAGACAUUUUUGCAUGUAUAUAGCCUUGAAAUAAACAGGGAAGCUACUGGAUUCGCUUAGGAAAAACCCUGGACAUCAGCAAGUAAAUAAAGAAAUAAAUAAUCUGGAAAGCCACCAAAUCCCAAUAAAACCUCUUUGAUUAUGAGGAGUGCAAUAGAUGUCAGUGUGAAGUGCUGUCAGUAGAUGGAGCCUGAAUGAAGCACAUCACUUCCACUCUGUGGUAGCAUCUGCCUGCUUCUGAAGUCAAAUAAAGAUUUGUCAGCUA